AACAACCAAACCUCGCCGCCGCUCCUUCCGUUCAACUGUCUAGUCACAAUGACGGUGCAAUAUGGGUUUUGCAAAUGUUUUUUCACUAAAAACUUUUUCAUUAGAAAGUAUGGAAUACACGUUACUUUCCUUAAUAAGACGCAAUUUCUCGAAGAUUUCUCAAAGAUCUUGAAGUCCAAGGGCUGCUCUGACCCAGAAACACUUGUUCCUGAGUUAGAGAAAGAAGUUGAACGAAGACGGCAUGCUCACGAGGAAAGAUGGAAACAUUGCCAAUAUGUUGCAAGAGAAUACAAGUGUCUUCAUCCCGGGCCCUUUCCCCUUUGA